AUGGUCAGCGCCAAAAUAUUCACCUCCCAGCUGGGAGUCGACCACACUACUGAUUUCUAUAAUCUCAUUCAUCCAUGUGAGGGGGCUAGUCCCUCUACGAACCAGGAACCUCAGCACCCUUCCACACACCCUCAGCACCCUCUCCCAAGCCCACAUGAUGCUGGCAAUCAGUGCAUUCCCCCAUAUGUCCCCCCUUCACAGCACCCCCCUCAUUACACUGGCACUGAAGGCAAUCUGAUUGACGAUCUGGAUGGUGACCUCUAUAAUGACCCUCAUGCUGAUGAGGACGAGCUUGGCCCUUUCUCUGCCCCCCUCGGCAAUGUGCUUGAUACGUUGGAUGGGGACAUCAAUAUGUGCGAUGAUGACGAUGACAGGGAGUUCAACUCCCAUUAUGAUGUCAUCAUCCUCAAUAGUCCCCCCAAAGUGGUGAGACAUAAACAGCAGUACAUGGCUUCUCCUUCUCCCCCUCCUGCCAAUUCAAAUUCUUUUAUUCUCCCACAGAAGUCCCAGACACCUGCAUACCAUAGUCGCACGGUGUUUGGUUCUGCUUCACCUUGCAGCCAAGCACUAGGCAGACCAUCCUCAUUUGUUUCACCAACAUCACUUUCUGCAAAGCCACAGAGCUCCAUGAGCUCAAAGAAGAAGAAGACCUCAACAACAGACAUAGAGGACUACCUUGACAUGCUCAACAACAAGAUCUCAAACAUCCAGAGCAACAUGUCUAAGCGCCGAGGAAUGAGAAAUGAGUGCUAUGCCAUCAAAAUACAUUACCAAUCCCAGAAGAAGGAAUUCCAGUGGCACUGCAAGUCUCAUUCGCAAGAAGUCUUCCUUUCAGCCACUGCACAUCAACACAAGCAGGAGGCUAAGGACAAGGAUAUCCUCUGCCUUCAGGAUGCAGCUGCCUUGCAGGAAAAGGAGGCUGAGACUUGGCACCUCAAGAUCCAAUAUCAAAGCAUGAUGAUGCAUGCUGCAGAUAAAGAUGUUGAUCCCUCGUCAUUGUCGCCAUCAGUUUAA